AUGGCGAAAGGAGAAGCUUUCUUUACGCUGGCGCAAGGCAGAAAGGCGGGGCUUCGGCGCUCCAGACGAAUGCCAGCGCGGCUGCGCGCUGGGGGGUAUCCCCUCACCGCGGCUGCGCGGGAGCCCGGCCGCCGGCUGUCACUGCGGUUGCGCGCGGCGAGCGGCGAUCCCGGGGCGCCUGCGCGGGUGGCUUUGCGGGCGCUCGCGCAAAUCCAAGCUCUGCUGGCUCCCCCCAAGACGGACGAGACAGAAAAGCGGAGUCGAAAGCCUGAGAAGGAGCCCCGGAGAAGCGGCAGGGCCACCAACCACGACAGCUGCGAUAGCUGCAAGGAAGGUGGAGACCUCCUGUGCUGCGACCACUGCCCGGCCGCCUUCCACCUCCAAUGCUGUAACCCUCCACUGAGUGAAGAGAUGUUGCCUCCUGGGGAGUGGAUGUGUCACCGGUGCACUGUUCGCCGAAAGCCCUGGAAUCACCCUUCUCUUCCCAAGGUGACCCUAUGGCCUAAAAAUCCAAACAUGGGCUGCUGAAAUGGGCAGAAGA